AUGUACAUUCCAAAAAACACGAUGAAGAAGGCACGCACAAUUAUUGACAAGGGGCAUCAGAAGAAGAAGACAGGUGGUGGGAAAAACGCCGGGGAUGAAUUUGAUCUGAGCAUGGCUCACAUGCUCCUAGCUGACUGCAAAAUUGCUGAGCAGAACCAUCUAUACGACAAUCUCACCACUGAUCCUCCCUGUACCUGCUCCAGCUGCCAGGUCAACCUACGGCCCAUUCGAUCAACUUGCGACUGCAGUGGCUGUGUGCCCGAGGAUCUCCCUGAUCGGCUCUUCCCUAUGAAGAAGGCGAUGAAUCCGGUCAAGCACAAGGACCAUCUCAGCAGAGGAAUGCGAGACAGAGGCAAGGAUCGACUGCUCCAACUGCGCAAGUCGAUCUAUGUAGCCGCUGAUAGCGUCGACACAGACAUUAUUCCUGAAUUCAUCUAUCUUCCAGAUCCUGUCAUCAAGGCCAUCUUGGAUCGCUUCGCAUUGCUCCAGAGCAUCAAGGACCUUGAUGCUCUGAUCGCAGGAGGAGUUUCCCAGCGAUCCGUGCCGAAGAAGUGCACAAACGUGCAGAGUCAAAGGCCUGGGGCGAUACUGCUGUGGAUGGAGGUCCUGGAUGGGAGAGCGAGAGCUCUGAGGAGUCGAGGGGCGAGGAGCAUGAGGUUGACUCCAGGCCAGAAGAAAGCACACUCAAUUGUGCAUCUGAGGACGCUCCACUCAGUGAUCAAGUUGCAAACCGGCUGA